AUGUCCGUCAAAGAAAAGAAAGGAGUAACCUUUAGAGCAGAGCUGUUUGGAACCAUUUGUUCCUCCAUCAACACUCAUUUUCUUUUCUUCUGCAGGAAUUCCUACCCCGGACAGAUUACCUCAAACAUGUUCUGUGCUGUAUUCCAAGAGGGAGGAAAAGACUCCUGCCAAGUUCGAGUAAAAAGAGUCUUCAAGCGAACAAACCAAAACCUUUUGUGCUCACGCUAUAUGUAUUUUGUACUUGUGCAGGGAGACUCUGGUGGCCCUGUGGUGUGUAAUGGCCAGCUUCAGGGUGUCGUGUCCUGGGGUUACGGUUGCGCCCAGAGGAACAAGCCUGGUGUCUACGCCAAGGUCUGCAACUACAACUCCUGGAUUCGCAGCACCAUGUCUUCCAACUAA